GCGAAGAUGAAGAGGUUGGAGGAGGAGAUGAAGAGAGUGCAACAAAAGGAGGAAGAAAGAAGAAAAGUUGUUGAAGCAGAAGCGGCCGCAGAAGAAGAGAAAGAGAGAAUGAGAAUUGAGAGUGGAGAAGGGAGCAGUGGUGGCACGAUGAAGUGGGAGACAGAUACUGAGCUGGAGAAGAAGAUCAGCGAGUGGGUCGCUAAUUUAUCGUUGGGGGAAGACGAGGAGGCUGAGUCAUAUGUGACUAAGGAUGAGAAGGCUGCGCUGGCCGCUGAGCUAGCAGCCAUGACAGACCCAAUGGAACGAAGAGAGAGGGAAGACGAGCAAAAGUUAGCAUGGAAGUUGAGAAUGAAGAGGGAGAAGAAGAGGAGGAGAGAGGAAGUGAAUAAGAUGACCACAGCAGUGGCAAAGGUGCAGGAGUGUAGAGCGGAGGUGCUGGCCCAGCCAGAUGAUAAGGCCAAGUGGGACAAAGUACUGGGUUAUCUAGAGGUGUUGAGCAAGGCCUGGAUGGAAGAGCGCCAGGCAAGCUGGAGCCAAGAUGUAGCCUUGAGUGCCAUGCGGUCAGGGUCUAGAGACUUUGCGCGCGAUAUCGUCACCCAUAUUGGGGGCGAAGUGAAGCAAUUGAGAGAUAAUGUAGGGAAGUUUUGUGAGGGCGCCAUUCAGGGUGCCAAAGCUGCAGCCGCUGUAGAAGGAGAGGGCAGACCCCGUAAGGACCCAGUGAAACUUAAGUUCCCAGACGCGUACGGGGGAAAGAAGGACGAGAAGUUUGACAACUGGGAGGCCAGUGUCAAUAGUUACAUUUAUUUACAACAUAUCCUGAUAGAGGAGCAAGUCCUCGUGGCCUUCCAGGCCCUGAAGGACGAAGCGGCUAGCUUCGCCAGGUCUCUCGUGCGUACAGCCGGUUGUGAGAACAACCUGGUUGCAUAUUCCAAAGUCACCCCUCUUUCCCAAUUCCUCAAGCUCCUCAAGGAGCGGUUCGCUGACCCAACGCAAGGCAUUCGAGCCUCUGAUAAGCUCCAAACGAUCCACUCCCGACAAUGGAGGAGUGCCAAGGCACUCAAGGGUACCAUGGACGACUUGGUAGCCGUCCCGGACCACGGGGUCACUGAGCCCAGUUGGUCCAGUUGUUUUGUCGUGCCAUUCCAGAGGCCCUACGCGGGCAUUUCUUUGACAAAUCUCAGCAGGCCGGAAUGACUUACGAUGCAUUGAGUAGAGAAGUCGUCAUGUAUGAGUCGAAGUCUAUGCCAGUUACCACUUUC